AUGGGUAUAUUAAGUUACGCCGUCGCCGGCGGUGGAUUUGCAGUAAUCGGCGCGUGGGAGUCACUGGACUCAUCGAACCUGGAUCCGAAUUCAUCUUCUGGUACUGCUGAUUCAUCUUCCCCUAUGGCUCAGAUCAGAGCUUCGCCGCCAAAAUCUGUUGGAUCAUCUUCCAUCCCCGUAGCUUUGCUUUCGUCUCUGUUUAUUGCGAACUCGUUUUUCUCCUUCUUCAGCUCAAUCGGAUCUCGCGAUCGGGUCGGGUCAAUGAUCCAGUUACAGAUCGUGGCAGUGGCAGUACUAUUCCUAUAUUACGCCAUUCUAACAUAUCUGGUCAACUCCAAAAACGCUGUCUUUGUUGCACUUCCGUCUUCGAUUACAACUUUAUUGCUUCUCUUUGGCUUCAUUGAGGAGUUCUUAAUGUUCUACCUGCAAAAGAAAGAUGUUUCUGGAAUCGAGAAUCGUUAUUACGAUCUCAUGCUCGUGCCCAUUGCCAUCUGCGUCUUCUCCACGGUUUUUGAGCUCAAAUCCGACUCUAGCACGCAUCGGUUUGCGAAAUUAGGUCGUGGGAUCGGUCUGAUUCUGCAAGGAACAUGGUUUCUGCAAAUGGGUGUAUCGUUUUUUACCGGUUUGAUCACUAAUAACUGUACGUUUCACGAGAAGAGCAGAGGCAAUUUCACGAUCAAGUGCAAAGGACACGGUGAUUAUCACCGAGCAAAAGCUAUAGCUACUCUUCAAUUUAACUGUCAUUUGGCUCUAAUGGUAGUUGUGGCUACUGGUUUGUUCUCUGUCAUUGCUAACAAGAAUGGUUAUCUCCGUCAAGAUCAUUCUAAAUAUCGACCUCUCGGAGCUGAGUUGGAGAAUUUAAGUACUUUCACACUUGACUCUGAUGAAGAAGACGAGGUUCGAGAAGAGAGCAACGUAGCUAAAGAAGUUGGUCUCAAUGGAAACAGCUCACAUGAUUAAAGUUAGUUCUAAAGCUACUACUACAGUUAGAUCAUUCGUGGAAUCUUAUGGCAAACGGUUAUCUAAGUCGACUGUGUCAAAGGAAUCAAAGUUUUUCUUCUUUCAUUUAGGGGCUUCUUCUUUUUCAUCGCCUUGAUCACUGCUACUCUUGAAAAACUUGCAUAGAAAUAUGUAGACUACAAAGCUUAUUGUACUUGUAAGAGCAAGAAGCCAGUAGUAUUUGUCAAGCCGAGCUUCCGACAUAUCAUCUGCAAACCAGUUUUGUCGGUCACCUGUUGAGCUCGAGUAAGCCUCGACAAUUGAGAUCAGUGCGGCGCUCACAAAGCUUCCAACACCAAAAACACUUGUGUAGAGAGCAAAUCCCAUUGUUCUCAUUCUUACAGGAACCUCACUGUAGAAAAACUCUUGCAUCCCAACGACUGUGAAUAUAUCUGAGAUUCCCAAGAGGAUGUACUGAGGCAGCAGCCAGAAGAUGCUCAGUGGGACGGUUUCUGGAUCAUAAUCAGGGUUGCAGGUGGGAUUUUGAAGUUGGACCCAAUGUUUCUCUUCAUAGUCACACCUUGUUUGGUGAAAAAGGUUGCUGGUAGCUGGAAGAUAACCGCGAACAUGAGAAGCAUCAUCCAUAUGGGGAAAAGGCGAAUCACUAACUUAACAUUAUCAAUUCCAGAGAAAACCGUUUUCGAGCUCUCGUCAUCUUCCAAUCCUUUGGAGGUUGUUGAAGGAGUCUCAAUGUCUUCGGUCUCACAUUUACAGAGAGGCCUCUCCUCUAGCCUACAUAAACAGGUAAUCAUUAGUCGCUAAAAAACUUAAAAGACUAAUUAGUUUCAUGAGAUAUCGUGGUUUUUCCGAACUUACUCAAGCUCCAUAGCAUCCAAAUCUUUCUCAUCUGCAAGUGUAUAUAUGCUUCUCUGCUUCACUACUCUCCCUUUAAUGAAUUUAAGAAUCUUCUC